GGCGUCAGGAGCCACAGCGUGCCCGUGGGCCUGGACUCCAAGGUCCUCGUGGAUUUGGUUGUGGUGGGAUCCGUCGCUGUUUCUGAGAAAGGCUGGAGGAUCGGGAAGGGAGAAGGUUACGCAGACCUGGAGUACGCCAUGAUGGUGUCGAUGGGCGCCGUGCACGAGGGGACGCCGGUGGUCACCAUCGUCCACGACUGCCAGGUCGUGGACAUCCCGGAAGCCCUCCUGGAGGACCACGACAUCAUGGUCGACUACAUCCUCACUCCCACCCGGCUCAUCGCCACCGGCCGGGAGCGCCCGCAGCCAGCCGGCAUCGCGUGGUCCAAGAUCAGCCCUGAGAUGAUGGAGAAAAUCCCCAUACUGCGGAGCCUCCGGCGCCGGGAGGAGCAGGCUGGGAAAGACGUCGCCCUCCGGGACGUGGCGGACAGCCAGCGGGCAGCUCCCCCAGGGAGCGUCAGGAGGCCCCAGGACCCUCAGGGAGUGGCCCGCGGUUCCCCGCUGCUGGCUGCCACCGUUUCCGUGGGGAACCUCCCCCACGAUGCCCGCGUGAGCGAUCUCAAGAGAGCCCUCCGGGAGCUCGGGCUGAUGCCCCCGCGGCUCACCUGGCAGGGGCCACGGCGCCCCGCCCUGCUCCACUACCAAGACCCAGCCUCGGCCCAGCAGGCGGUCUCCUGCUUGCAGGGCCUGAGCCUCGGCGCCAGCACCGUGAGGGUGGCACUGGCCGAACAGCAGAGGGACAGAUGACCCACGGGCGGCCACGGCUGGCAGAGGCGAGCGUGACGGCCUGCUGCUGGCCUGAGUCUCGGAGGGGGCGCCCUGUGCCCCUGCUCCUGGCCGGGCUGGGCUAGGGGAGCCGCAGGCAGAUGACAACGGCGCGGCAGUGCAGUGCCUCAGCGAAAACCGCUCCUGGGCUCACCCUGGUUGGACGCAGGGGAGCCCACGCCCAGAACUGCACUGGGGGCCGCCUCCCGCUCCACCAGCCAGCCUUGCCUGGCCCGGGCAGGCGGCCUGGACUCAUGGCAACCGCAGGCCCCCGGCACACGGGUGCCCACAUGCUCGGCUUGGCCCAGAGCCUCCGGGUCCCUGGGUCCCCCAGGUGCUUCCGGCUGUACUGCCCUCUCGGCAGACGCGCGCUUACAGUGGUCGCAGGCAGACGCGCGUGUGUCGCACGCUCGGGGGUUUCAGCAGCGUGCGUCUGCAGCGUCCCGGGCCUCAGCAGAGGGAGGCGCGUGCUGCCACACCUGCCCCCGGGCUCCACGCUGGCGCUGCUCCUCGGCCCGCACAUCCGCCGUGGUUCCGGGCCAGUGGCCGGUCCGUCCUCCCCCUCCUCGCCACAGUGCCCGUCCUGCGGCUGGCAGACCCCCACGCAGCUUUUGCUCGCUCGCUCUCGUGGGUUUGCAGUGAAACUUGUAGCAGAUCCACCGCCCUGAGCCGGCGCCAACGCAAAACGUCCACCAAGGCUGCGAUGCACCCCGCCGUGGCCUGUGCCCACGGCCAUCAGGAGUUACCAGGGCUGACGCCCCACUCCCGUCAGGCAGUCAACAAAUCCCUGGGAGCCUCCGCCCAGCCCCCCCCCCCCAGCCCCAGAUCCACGCAGGUGGGCUGCAGCUCUCCCAGCGCCGGGACCCCAGGCUGCGCCCGAGUGUGGCCCUUCCCUCGGCUGAUAGAUCUCGCUGUGCUCAGACUGGGAGCAGCCUGGAACCAGCGCCCAGGACACCCCCUAAGGGGAAAGACCCAGAGCCUGCACCAGGGCUGAGAACUGCGACAGGAAGCGAAGGGAGAGCACAGCCCCACAAACCGCGGGAGAGGCACCUCGUAGCAGGUACUGGGGGAGAUAAACACACAGCGGCCAAAGCACAGCCGGGGGCACCCUGGAGAUGCGGGUGCGGCCCGAGUCCUUGGGCCCCUGCCACCCACGUGGAGACCUGGGUUCAAGUCCCAGGCUUCCAGCUCUAGUCUGGCCCAGUCCCGGCUGUUGUAGGCAUUUGGGGCGCGAACCAGUGGAUGAUCUCUCUCCUCCCACCUACCUUUCAAAUAAAAUGGAAAAUGCAUGUUUACAAAAGCAGAAA